AUGGCCAAAAUUAAGCAUCCAAAAUUCCACAAUCCCAUUGAGAAACAGUUUAACGAGAUCAGUAGGUACCAUUAUUUUUUAUUCAUUCUGAUUUUUUCUAGUAAAAUCCCAAUAUUCUGGCACGCAUUGAAUCUCAUCUUCCUGUCACCACCAAUUGAUUAUUUUUGCAAUGGAAAUGCUAGUAGGAAUUUGUGUCCAUGCGACGAUCCUGCCUGGGACAGAAGUGUGUUUGAGGAGACCAUGCAGACGAAAUUCGGAAUAUACUGUGACAACUCCUGGCUGACAAGUUUCUCGCAUAGCAUGAAUUUCGUAGGCCUUUUGAUUGGGGCUCUAAUGUUUGGAUUCCUGUCUGAUAAAUUUGGCCGACUAUCAAUGUUCACAGCCUGUUGUCUUGUGCUCGCUGUAUCUGGAUGUCUUGUGAGCGCAAUGCCUACAAUAGCAGCAUUCACAUUAAUGCGCUGCCUUGAAGGCAUUGGCUGUGGAGGGGCCAUCAUAACCGCUUUUGUUCUCUGCAUAGAGUACUGCAAUCUACGGCACAGAGAAGUCAUUACAGCUUUGUUCCACAUACCUUCAAAUAUCAGCCAUGUGACAUUACCUGGUGUUUCUUAUUUAUUUCGUCAUUGUGAUGAGUUUCAGUUGGCACUGUCCAUUCCUGUUUUUAUUUACUUGAGCUCGUGGUGGCUGGUAAUGGAGUCGCCAAAGUGGUUGAUGGACAAUGACAAGGUGGACAAAGCGAUUGCUGUCAUGCAUCGAUUUGGUGAAAUCAAUGGAAAGCCUUGCGAAAACAUCAAAGAAGAAAUCGAACAGUACUUAGCCCAUCAGAGUAACAAGUCACAAAGGAAAAUGAAGUUCUGGCAAAUAUUCAAACAUAAGAAACUGACAAUUAAUUUAGGAUGCAUGUCAGUGAUAUAUUUUCUCUGUGGUAUGGGUUAUUACGGCGUUUCUCAGUACAUUGGCAAGAUGAGUGGCGACAUAUAUGUUAAUGUGGCGGUGUCUGGCUUUUUACUGCUUCCAGGAACUAUAUCUUCUAUAUUUCUAUUGCAAUUGCUAAGCCGCAGGACAUUCUUAAUGUUAACAAUAUUCUUCUCUGGAUUUUUCAUGAUUUUAGUAGUUUUUAUUCCGAUAAAGCUGCUAUGGCUUAGAGUAAUGCUAGCUUGUAUUUGCAACUGUUUCUUCUUCAUGUCUUUCAUCGUUGUAUUUCUGUACAGCGUGGAAUUAUUUCCGACGUCAGUGAGAAAUUCAACGUUAGGAUUUUUAUCGGUUUUAUCACGAAUCGGACAAAUAACUGCUCCUCUAAUAAAUUCUUUAUCAGAGACUGCGUCGGGGAGUAUUUUUGGUGCGCUUGCUCUUUUAGGAACUUUAUUAUGUUUUAUACUGCCCGAGACAAAGAACGUUGAAUUGCCCUCGUCUUUGGAUGAUACGAGAACAUUAACUCGACGGAAAACUCGCCUGGAAGAAGAUGACUCGUUCAAGGACACAAGAAACGUUCCACUUCCUAUCAUUGAGUAA